AUGCCCGCCCGCGCCCCGCCGCGCCUCCCGCGGCCGCCGCCGCUGCCCCUGCUGCUGCUGCUGCUGCUGCUGCUCCUGGCCCUGGGCGCCCGCCGCCUGCGCGCCGAGCCCGGCGACGGGGCGCAGACCUGGGCCCGCUUCGCGCACCCUCCGGCGCCCGAGGCCGCGGGACCCCUGCACGACACCUUCCCCGACGGCUUCCUCUGGGCCGUGGGCAGCGCCGCCUACCAGACAGAAGGCGGCUGGCGGCAGCAUGGCAAGGGCGCGUCCAUCUGGGACACAUUCACCCACCGGACCCCGGCGCCCCGCGGCGAUCCCCCGGAGGCCGGCCCGCCGUCGGGCGCCCCAUCCGCGUCCCCGUCCCCGCCCGCCACCGGGGACGUGGCCAGCGACGGCUACAACAACGUCUUCCGCGACACGGAGGGGCUGCGCGAGCUCGGGGUCACGCACUACCGCUUCUCCAUCUCCUGGGCGCGGGUGCUCCCCAAUGGCAGCGCGGGCGCCCCCAACCACAAGGGGCUGCGCUACUACCGGCGCCUGCUGGAGCGGCUGCGGGCGCUGGGCGUGCAGCCCGUGGUCACGCUGUACCACUGGGACCUGCCGCAGAGCCUGCAGGACGCCUACGGCGGCUGGGCCCACCGCGCCCUGGCGGACCACUUCAGGGACUACGCAGAGCUCUGCUUCCGGCACUUCGGCCGCCAGGUGAAGUACUGGAUCACCAUCGACAACCCCUACGUGGUGGCCUGGCACGGCUACGCCACCGGGCGCCUGGCCCCCGGCGUCAGGGGCAGCCCGCGGCUUGGCUACCUGGUGGCCCACAACCUCCUCUUGGCUCAUGCCAAAAUCUGGCAUCUCUACAAUGCGUCUUUCCGUCCCACUCAGGGAGGCCAAGUGUCCAUCGCCCUGAGCUCUCACUGGAUCAGUCCUCGAGGAAUGACAGACCACAGCAUCAAAGAAUGUCAAAAAUCUCUUGACUUUGUGCUAGGCUGGUUUGCCAAACCCAUAUUUAUUGAUGGCGACUAUCCUGAGAGUAUGAAGAAUAAUCUUUCGUCUCUUCUGCCUGAUUUUACUGAAUCUGAGAAAAAGUUCAUCAAGGGAACAGCCGACUUUUUUGCCCUUUCUUUCGGACCAACCUUGAGUUUUCAGCUGUUGGACCCUCACAUGAAGUUCCGCCAGCUGGAAUCCCCCAGCCUGAGGCAGCUCCUCUCCUGGAUUGACCUGGAAUAUAACCACCCCCAAAUAUUUAUUGUGGAAAAUGGCUGGUUUGUUUCCGGGACCACUAAGCGGGAGGAUGCCAAACAUAUGUAUUACCUCAAAAAAUUCAUAAUGGAAACUUUAAAAGCCAUCAGGCUGGACGGCGUGGAUGUCAUUGGGUACACGGCGUGGUCUCUCGUGGAUGGCUUCGAGUGGCACAGAGGCUACAGCAUCAGACGUGGACUCUUCUACAUCGACUUUCUAAGCCAGGAUAAGAAGUUGUUGCCGAAGUCUUCAGCCUUGUUCUACCAAAAGCUGAUAGAGAAAAACGGCUUCCCUCUUCUACCUGAAAGUCAACCCCUCGAGGGCACAUUUGCCUGUGACUUUGCCUGGGGAGUUGUUGACAACUACCUUCAGGUGGACACCACUCUGUCUCAGUUUACGGACCAGAAUGUUUACCUGUGGGAUGUGCACCACAGUAAGAGGUUUAUUAGGGUGGAUGGGGUCGUGACCAAGAGGAGGAAGUCCUACUGCACUGACUUUGCGGCCAUCGGACCCCAGAUUUCCUUACUCCAGCAGAUGCAUGUUUCCCAUUUUCACUUCUCCUUGGACUGGGCUCUGAUCCUGCCGCUAGGUAACCAGUCCCAGGUGAACCGCACGGUCCUGCGCUACUACCGCUGCGUGGUCAGUGAGCUCCUGCGUGCCAACAUCACGCCCGUGGUGGCCCUGUGGCGACCCGCUGCCCUGCACCAGGAGCUGCCACGGCCCCUGGCCACGCACGGCGCCUGGGAGAAUCCCCACACCGCCCUGGCCUUUGCAGAGUAUGCCGGACUGUGCUUUAAAGGUCUUGGCCGCCACGUCAAGUUUUGGGUCACAAUAGGCGAGCCGUCCACUUGGAACAUGACCUACAGCGCAGGGCACAAUCUUCUGAAGGCCCAUGCGUUAGCCUGGCGCCUGUACGAUGAGAAGUUCAGGCGCACUCAGAAGGGUAAGAUAUCCAUAGCCUUGCAGGCCGACUGGAUAGAGCCGGCCUGCCCUUUCUCCCAAAAGGACAAAGAAGUGGCAGAAAGGGUUUUGGAAUUUGACAUUGGCUGGCUGGCCGAACCCAUUUUUGGUUCCGGAGAUUAUCCCCAGGUGAUGAGGGAGUGGCUGAACCAAAGAAAUUUCCUUCUACCGUAUUUCACUGAAGAUGAAAAAAAGCUAAUCCGGGGUUCCUUUGACUUUUUGGCCCUGAGCCAUUACACCACCAUCCUUGUAGAUUGGGAGAAAGAAGACCCAGUCAAGUAUAACGACUACCUACAAGUGCAGGAAAUGACCGACAGCACCUGGCUCAACUCUCCCAGCCAGGUGGCAGUAGUUCCCUGGGGCUUGCGGAGGGUGCUGAGCUGGCUAAAGCUGAAGUACGGAGACCUGCCCGUGUACGUGCUGUCCAAUGGCAUCGAUGAUGACCCACAGGCAGCCCACGACAAGCUGAGGGUGUAUUACACGCAGAAUUAUGUCAACGAGGCUCUGAAAGCCUAUACGUUGGAUGGUAUCAAUCUUCGUGGAUACUUUGCUUAUUCAUUUAGUGAUCGCACGGCCCCGAAGUUCGGCUUCUUCCGUUACGCUGCAAAUCAGUUUGAGCCCAAACCCUCCAUGAAGCAUUACAGGAAAAUCAUUGACGACAAUGGCUUCCCAGGUCCUGAAACGCUGCGCAGAUUUUGUCCGGAGGAGUUCACCCUGUGCGCCCACUGCAGCUUUUUUCACACCCGGAAGUCUCUACUGGCUUUCCUGGCUUUUCUACCUUUCGCUUUUGUUAUUUCUCUUUCUCUUAUUUUUUACUACUAUAGGAAAGGCAGGGGGUGGCGCGCGGCCGCCGCCCCAGUCCGUGUGCCCUCGGCGCCCGCGGGGGAGCCCGACGCCUGGAGGCCGCCAGGGGGCGCCGGCCGGGCCGCCGCGCGGGGCCCGCAGCGCCCGGGGAGGGGGCGCGGGCAGGCCGGCGACCUGCUGCCCGGGGGGCGCCGCGGCGCUGGGAGCCGGUCCCGGCUCGGGGGCAGCCGGCGUCCCGGCGGGGCCCGCGCGCCCCCAGGGCCGCGGAGGGGCUCUGUCCCCGACGGGGCCGGGGCGCGGCUGCCCCACGAGGGCCCCGCCGGGCGGCCCGAGCAGCCGGCCCGGGGUGCCGUGCCCGCGCCGCCCGUCCCCGGGGCGCGGCUCCCCAGCCGGGAGGUCGCGACCCUGCAGAACUUGGCCCCAAGAGUCCCCAGCGCUCCAAACCUGGUAUUGGAAUCAGUCUAA